AUGUCUUCAAUCGAUGGCACAUACUCUCCCUUCAAAAGCUACCCAGGCUUUUCUAGCAUGGCUCCUUGUAUGCGGGCAUGCGACGAGAACCAGGGCUUCAACGGCUGCGACCAAGCUCGUUGCUGGUGUACAAAACCCAAUCUGGAUCUGUAUAUGACGGGCAUGGCUAGAUGUGCAUCGUCAAGAUGUACAUUUCAGAAUAUGAACACGCAAACAGACUUGGACCUUGCUUCUGGCGUCCACGUAGAGUACUGCGCAGAUCGCGGCUUCAGUCCGGCAGGCAUGACUUUACCUUCGACCGCUGAAGCCAAUCCCACUGCCAGCAGUGAUCCUUUCACGACCAAUGGACCACUUACGACUGGUUCAGAAACCAGGAGUAGACCGACGUCUGGGCCUACAUCUACUUCGACCAAUCCCCCAAACACCAACACAUCCACAAACACCAGCUCAGGCGGCAUGACCGUAGCAACCAAAGCCGGCAUCGCCAUCGGCGCCGCCUUCUGCGUCCUCCUCCUCAUCGUCAUCGUCCUGCUCCUCCGCCGCCGUCGCCACAAAACCCAAUUCUACCCGCAACCACCACCACCCCAAAACCAAAACCCAUCCAUGCUCAACAACUUCCCCAACGGCGGCGCCCCAAUGGCACCAACCCCCUACUCCAACCACGGUCCCUUCAACCCGCCACCCCUCCAGCAACCAUCUCCCCUCCACAUCCCCCAACAGCACCAACAGCAGCAAAUCUACCCCAGCUACACAAAAGGCGACGUCAGCCCCAUCGAAGAGAAAGCCCCCCCCUUCCCCGCCACCACCAGCGCCAGCGCCAUUCCCCGCAAGGAAAUCAGCACGACCUCCGUCUCCAAGGAAAUUACCAGCAACACGACUCCCUCCUCCGUGUCACCCACCCUGGCAGCCGCAAACGUCGCGGCAACAGGUCCGACAGAGAUCCAAGGCGACGACCCGCCGCCGAGACACGAGAUCCCGACCGACGGCGAGAUCACGAACACCGUCACGACGAGGGGCAUGGAACUAGACGCCUCGCAGCGUCCGAGUGGGUAUCAGUACUCUACUCCUCCUCCUGGUGCCGGCGCGGAACUACCUGCAAAUCCGCAACACCAGGGCGGCGCUGGGUACCAGCAAAGUGGCCAGGGACAGUGGGGUCAUUAUCAGCAACAGCAGCAGUAUCCGAGUGGAGCGCAUGAAGUGCCCGGCGGACAGAACCAGUGGCCGAGGCAGGAGAUGGAUGCGGGUGGGCAGCAACAGCAGCAAGGGUGGGGUCAGCGGUAUGAGGUCGACGGUGGGCAGAAUCAGUGGGGGAGUGGGCAAAGGAGGCAUGAGUUGGGUGGGUAG